AUGGCUGUACGAGCAACUCGUUUACAAUCAGCUAAACCUCUUACACUUUCUCGAUGGUGGACUAAUGGUUACCAUGGUCAAUCGAUUGCUUUUGUCGAUCAAACAGUACUAUUCUACGCAAUUGAUGAUGGCUUACGUUUUCAUGAUUUUGUUGAUCCUAGUAAUCAAACAUGUUUAACAGUUCAAGCAAACGGAAUCGGUGUUGGAGUUUUUGCUGGAAAUGCUGAUAUUCAUUUAUUUGCUUUUGCUGACUAUCAAAGGCCACCAAUAAUUCAUUUACGACAAUAUCCAUCGUUACAAGAAAUAAAACAAUUUACUGACGGGGCUGAACUUGAAUAUAGUGCAUUAGAAUUUUCAGCAACCGAAGAAUUAUUGUCACUGUCAACAUCGCCAGAUUAUUUAUUAACAAUAUGGAAUUGGCGUACUGGAGUCAAACUAGCUCAAUGUGAAACAACAAAAAAACCACCAGUCGAAAUAAGUUUUAAUCCAAAUUCUUGGUAUGACAUUGGUAUACUUUAUCGCGAUCAAAUUAAUUUGUAUACAUGCGAACGGCGAAAUGAUAAAUAUGUUUUAUUUGAACGGCAAUUAACAUUAGAACUAUUUAAUCAAACAGUUGCUCAUAAUCAACCAACAUAUCAACAAACAAAAACGAAACAAUCCAAUCCACUUCGAGUUGCUGAUGUUAUUCGACGUUUUCCAAGUCGAUUUUCAUUUACAUUAGUUGAUAGUACUAUUGGAACAGAUAAAGGAACCAGUGUUAAACUUGUUGCAUUCGAUACUGAAAAUGAAGAUGCUUUUCAAACAUAUAUCGAUGAAAAAAUUCAGCUUGUUGCUACAUCAUUUUGUUGGGGAGACAAAGGUUAUGUAUUUAUUGGUACAGCCGAUGAUUCUCUCAUUCAAGUACUUCUACAAUUUGAUCGUGAAAAACAACCAUUUCGAGCAACACGUUUUGCCGAAGAAGAAAAAUUCAAAACUACUGGUUCAAUAGGAAUGUUUAAAAAGAUUUCUUUACAUAAACAUGGUCUAUUUUGUGCUGGCGCAGAUGACAUCGUACGUUUAGUUACAUUCGAAAAUCAAGAUGGUGCAUUACAAGAAGCAAACAACGUUAGUGAUGUCAUGGAUUUAAGUGCUAAUAUAGCGACAGUAACAUUCAAUCCAGCUUAUAAUAAUUUAUUUAUUUGUUCAAAACAAGGUGUCGACAUAUUUGAUUUAAUAUCAAUGGAACCGAAGCAACCGUCAAUCGUUCCAGUUGCACUUGGAAAAAUUGUUGAUAUUGCAACUGUUAAUCCAACCAAUGAAAUAGUUGUAACGAUUCGAGAUACUGGUGCAUUAGAAGCUUGGUCAAUCAAGGAUGGUUCAAGAAAAUUCUGUGAAUAUAUUGAAAAUCAAACUAUAAAUCAUUUAGUUACAAGUCCUCUUUUACCAUUUAUGGUUGUUACUUCAAAAACGGGUAUUUUCUAUUUUUACGAGCUCAAUAAAGCUGGUUUUCGUCUUAUACAUCGUCUACGUGUUCAUGGAAAUGAGAUACGUUGUAUUAAAUUUAAUCCUCAUGGUACACUGCUUGUAUCAGUUGGUAUGGAUAAUAGUUUGUUUUUAAUGGAAAUAAAACCUGAUGAGACAUACGUCGAUAAUAUAUUUCAAAUAAUCUAUCGAACUGACCUCGAUGGUGAACCAUUUGCACUUGAUUUAGACGAUUUUGGAAAACGAAAUACAAUUAAUGGUGAUGAUGUUCAACGUGAUUAUGAUGAUGAACAUAUUGGAAAUAUACAAGAGAAAUCAAAUGAAACAAGAAUUGUGAUCGCAUUGAAUGCAAAGACAGAAAAAUAUGGAAGAUUUUUUAUUGUUGAUUUUGAUUGGCAACAAUAUAGAGAAAGUCGAACUUCACAAACAUCUAUUGCAAGUGAAUCGUACGUGGAUUAUGUUAUUAAUGAUUCAACAACAAAAAUUAUAACAAAAACCAAUUUUGCUUUUCAUGAUGCAAUUGAAGAUUUUCUAAUAACAGCUAGAAAUCAACUAAUUACAGUAGGAGCGGCGUCAUUACGAAUGUGUCGUAUUCCAGAUGAAAUUGGCAAGCCAGGAAAAUUAACUAGUGUUGAGGCACAAGAUUCACUUACUGGUUUACCUUCGGCAGGUGGUCAUUUAUACAAGAAUAAAACAAUACCAUCAUGGGUUAUUUGUGUCAGUAGAGAUGGAAUUCUUUCAAUGAUUCGUGCUUCAGAUAUGGCAGUCGAAUCAUCGCUCCCAGCACAUAGUUCAAUAUCGCGUGGAUGUUGUAAAUCUGCAUGGAGUGUUGAUUCGAAAUAUAUUGUUUCCGUUGCUGAAGAUAGUUCUAUUGUAGUUUUCGAAACGAAAUAUGCUGGAAGAUUUGGACCAAAUCUAAGUUAUGCACCAGAAGAACUGAAUCAUAAAAUGAGAAAUUUAGCAACUCUGGUUACUUAUGAAAAUGCAGCAUCAGCUUUAUAUGACAGUAUUAAUGACCGCUUUAGAGCAUAUGAAAAAAAAUUUCAAGCGGUAGGUAUGGUAUCACCAUCAGGACCAAAAGAAGAUUCAUCUUGGUUACAAUUAAAAGAAUACGAGGCGACAUUACAAAAUCUCGAUGCACAUUUAACAUCAAAAAUAGGAAUUCAUAAUGAACUUGAACGCAUUCGAAAAGAACUUCAUGAAUUAAUGGCAAUCAAUGGUACUCGCGAAGAAAAAGCUCAACUUGAUCGACGAGAAUUCGAUUUAGACAGUGAAGAACAAGAAAGACAACGUAAAGAAAAAGAUGCUAUGAUUAGUAAAAUACGUGAUGAAACCGUAACAAAAAAUCUAGUUCGACUUAUGAAACGAGAAGUUAUUAAACAACAAUGUUGGGAUUCGAUGACUGUAAAAGGCCGAUGUAUUGAGGGUAUCAUAAAUCCAACUCGUAAACAAGCAGCACCAAUUGUUGUUGAAAAUUAUCCAUUAUUACCACGUAGUCUUGAAGAAGUAGAAAAUAUUCGUCAAAUUAUCGAACGACGUCGUAUUGAAAUUGCGGAAAAAAAAAUGCGACGACAAAUUUUUUCAGAAGGCUCAACUGUACACGAGACAAGCGUUGAUGCGCCAGCACGUGAAGAUCCAUCAACACUUGAUAAUGAAGAGGAACAUCGUGAGCAGAAAACACAAUCAAUUGCUUUGAUUGGUUCGGUUAGCAAUGAAUUUCAAGUUGAUACAUCAAUACUUUAUAAUCAAUUUGAAUUAUAUACUCCUGAACAAAAAUGGACACAAAUUGUUUUAUUAAAUAAUUUAAUAUAUAAAAUAAAAGAAGCAUUUAAUAAAGAAUUUGAAACUACCUAUCAACGUAAACUACAAGAAUUAGCAAAAAUACGUGAAAAAAACAUUCGAAUUAAACAAAUCAAUGCAGAUUUAGAUGAUACCACUCCAGUUUGGGAACCUGAUUUAACAGAAAAAGAAAAGCCAAUAUUAUUAUUCGAUGUCAAAGAUAGCGAGGUUAAAGUGGAAAGAUAUUAUACAGCGGAACAAUUAAAACAAUUAGAAGAACAACGAUUAAAUGAAGAACGUCGACGUCAAAUGGAAAAACUUGAUAAUUGGCGUGAACGUGGUCUUAAUGAAAUGAUGGGUGGUGUUUUACAAGUUCGACGAGAAGAUGAAUUAAAAAAGGAAAUUCCCAAACCACCAUUUGCUGUUGAGAAACCAGAAGAUGAAUGGACAGAAAUGGAAAAACAAGUUUAUCAACAAUAUUUACAAAAAGUUAAAGAACAACAAGAAGAAAGAGAUAAACUACGAAAAAUUUUAACUACAGAAGCCAGCAAAAUUAAUGAACAAAUCCAAGAAAAUUGUGAUGCUUUUGAACAAAUUCUAAUUCAAUUACAUAGACGAAGAAUUUUAGCACAAACAGCGGCUAUUCAAGAAGAAUUAAAAAUUAGUCGUUUGGUAUUUGCUCUAGUUAAAGAUCGUCUCAUCGAACAACUAGAAGAAACAUAUGAAAAACGAGCUAAAACGCUCGAAGGAAAAGUUCAUGGACUUGAACUUUCGAAACGUGCCUUAGAAGAUAGUAUUAAUAAUAUUGAUAGUGAUAAACGACGAUUGAAAGCUGAUGACACAUUUGAUAAGCAAUUUCCUCGAGAAUUCGCUGAUGUUCCGUCGGCAUUACAAGAUUCUCUUAAACGUUUAUUAACAAAACGACCUAAAUUGAAACAAACGAAAGCAGUCGAUGAAUUUAAUCCAUAUACAGCUCGACAAAUGCGUUUACUUGAGCUUGAAUUUGAUAAAAUACAAGCCGAAGCUGAUUCGUUUACGAAUGCACCGCCAAAUAUUGUUCGCAACAUUUGGGAACGUUUUGUUGAUUUUCGAAAAAGACGUGGCGAACUUGAACGAGACUUACGACUUCAAGAACAGGAAGAACUUGUGAUUAAAAAUUUAAAAAAUAUUCGUGAAACUGAAUUGACAAGAAAAAAUAUGGAAUUUGAACAGAUACAAAACCUUCUUACUGCGUCGAGAGAUGCUCGUAUUGAUGAUACAUUUGAUUUAUAUGUACAAAUUGUUCUUAAACAAGGCCAAAUUGAAAUGGAAGCACAACCAGCUGAUCUUUCACCUGAUCAAUAUCGAAAUACGGAUGUGGAACUUGUGAAUCGACAUGAAAUUGAAGAUUUAAAUAAAUCCAUUAUUGAAUCAGCAAAUUUAAAAAUACGCCAUAUGGAAAAAACCAAGGGUGUUGUCAAUGAAUUACAAUCGAUGAAAUGGGAAAAAGAAAAACUAACGUUUGAAAUAACUGACUUAAAACAACGCGCACAAGAUAUAACAUUCCUUAAAGUAACAAGAAACGUUCAAGAAUACUUAGCAUGUCGAGAUGAUACAACAUUCGAAUCGCACAAACAACGUGAAUUACAAAUGUUAGAAGCAACCAUUGAAAAAAUGAAACAACGCUUUGAAGAUCAAAAACACAUUAAAGAAAAUGAAAUUCAUAAAUUACAACAUGAUAAUUUAUCUAUUGCUAACGUAACACUCGCUGUCGAUGAAGCCCUACAAAAUGCAAAUGUUAAUCUAUAUGAAAGAAAAAAUAUUAUUGAUCAAAGAAUUGUUGAACAAUCAAAAGUAGAACAACAAGAUCGUAUUCAACAAGUAGUACGACGUCGUCGUCUUGUAGAUUUAGCUAAAGCUCAAGCACAAGAAGUUGCUUAUUUACGUGCUGAAGUUGAACGUUUACGUAUGAAAACAUUUCCAGCUCUCGUACAAAUUGAACAUUAA